AUGGCGCAGAUUUCGAGUGGAUUCUUACACGUUCCAAAAACGAAACAGAUCCAAUUGAACGGCUACAGAUAUGGGCUACAGUUCCUUAAAAAGGGCAAAGGCAGAUGGCGGUGUGUUAAACAGAGGCGCGGCUGCAAAGCGGUUGUGGUCACAGUGGAUGGAACAAACAUGAACUUUAAAAUAGUAGCGACUGUAGAGAAUGGAGAACGAAAGCUUAGCAUAGUGCCCAGUUUAUGGGAGACUAAUGGCGAAUUAAGAAGGCCAAAAGAACGAGCCAACAUCACAAGAUUAGUCAAGGACAAAAACUCAAGACCUCUGCCUGAUUGGCACGUAACCGAAUGUGUUAUGAAACUGUCAUCUAUACCAUCUUAUGAACAAGCAGAAAAAGAGCUGUGUAUUUUGCGCCAACACCGCGACGCAGACGUUAACAAUAGAACGCAAGAACAUGUAAAUGCAACGACCAACAAUGUGGUUGUAAAUAACGAAGAGAGAACACCAAACUUAUCAGCAACUGCAAAUCCCACAUCGGUACCCCUAGUAACGACACUGGCACUAGACAAUCAAAAGAAACAUAAGCUUGCAGGUCUAUCUGUGCCAAUUAAGGACGUAAAUACAAAGCGUGAUCGAGUUAUUAAAACACCUAUAACUUUGAGCAAGUCUAUCCCGACUGAAAGCGAUUGUGUAAUAGGAUGGAUUAUAACAAAUCCCAUUGAAUCAGUUAGCGACCUAAAGGAGAUGGAUUCGUUUUUAUCUAAUAUUAAACACAGAUGUAAACUAAUUCAGCAAUAUUCACAGCAAUGUUCGCAGUUAGAAUGUAAGGGGGUAACAUGUGCGUACAAAAUGUUGGACUUAAUUUUCUCCCGAAAAUUUUUGUACAUGUGUUCAUGGACGGGCGGCAGUAGGAGUGAUGAAUUAAAAAUUGGAUUUAAAAGCUACAAAAAUAUACUCAAAUUUUACUUUGAACUAAUACAUUCCUGGGAUUCGACUUACACGAUGCAAGACAAUGAAAACUUUUUCAAAGAUAUUUUGAAAAAUUCUGCAAAGAAAAGCUUAACAAGAAUAUAA